AUGAACUCCGCGAUGGGGAACGGUCGUCAUCGCCGUCAAAUUUCUACACCAGUGGCUCCAUUCGAGCCCGCGCCAGUCAUGACCAAUAUCCAACCCCGUCGGUCACAUCGUCGAGGCCAGACUGUGGACUACAGCUCUUUUAGUCAACAGGCCACUAUCGACCGACAAAUGCCAAAGACGGUCUCGCAGUUGCGGGAUUAUUUUAACGAAAAAUCAGGUUUCUCAUAUCAACAGAGGGAUGUACAGCAGUAUCAAUCCUAUGCCCAGCAGCCCGAGCGAUCUUUCAUUCCAUCAGCUAUGCACAUCCAGCAGCCAUAUCAAUAUCAAUCCCACCAGCCGCUCGGGUCUGACUGCCAGGCUUUCAACCAAGAACAAUUGCAAGCGAUUCACACCACCACUGGCAGCCCUGCACCCUCCUCCGUCGGUGCCCCGGCUUUGUCCCGAUCAGCCAGUGAAAGCUCCGAAAACACACCAUUGAAGCUUGCGCUGCACCGUAUGCAGCAAGAACAAUUCUCGAACCAGCAGCAACAACAGCAACAAUAUACUGGCAAUGCUGAUUGGGAAUUGUUUCCUCAGCGCAACAUGCAAAUGGCCUCAAACGAGCAGGUGACGGCCUAUGCCGGUCCAAUGCACCCAGUCUCUGUUCAACCAAAGGCUCCAUCUGCGAAAAUCCUCUCGCAAAUGUCUACUGCUUGUACGCAUCUGUCGCUUCAAUCUAACCCGACCGAAGCUAAUUACAUGGCAGACAAUUCCCCCAUGACCCCCGAUUCUACCCCAUUGAAAAGAUCCAUUGAUUAUUCCAUGUAUAGCAAUGACCCAACAUCCUCCAAGUCCCAAAGUUUUUCAUUCCCCCAUACCCCUGCCGCUGAGAUGCAGAGAGCCCAGUCUUUGCAAGGACUCCCCUUUGUCAAUUCUGUGCACAUUAAGCAACAAAUGCCCUCCCCCGUCAAUUCCCCGAUUAGCUCGUCUUUUACCGAAAUUGCCGAUAUGCCAUCCCCGAAUUCAUAUGGAGUGACACCUCAAGACUCUAAUGUCUCAUUCUCAUCUUCCACCGGCAGAACCAAGAAGCGAGCCCAGUCAACCGUGUCAUCUUCCGCCGACGCAGCUGCUCACGAUGAUGACCUCGAUGCUCGAGUCAAGGCCUCAGUCCAGCAAACCGGUGUUUCGACCGACGAAAUCGCAAGGUUCAUCUCCGGCCCCGACCCCAAAGAUGGAAAGUGGGUCUGCCUAUAUACAGGCUGCCUAUGCCGUUUCGGUCGUAAGGAAAACAUCAAGUCCCACGUCCAAACACAUCUCGGAGACCGCCAAUUCAAAUGCGACAUCUGCGAAAAGCACUUCGUCCGCGGACACGAUCUCAAGCGCCAUCUUAAGACACACAGUGGCAACAAGCCCUUCGCCUGUGCCUGUGGCGCCAGCUUCGCUAGACAAGAUGCCCUGACUCGUCACCGCCAGCGCGACAUGUGUGUCGGAGGCUUCACCGGCGUGGUUCCAAAGACCACCAAGCGUGGCCGCCCCCCGAAGAAGAAGACCAGUCGCCCGGAUAUCGACACUCGCCAGGCCAAGUCUACCCGUACUCGUCAACGUGUUGCUGAAAAAUCAUCCUCAAUCGCUCCAGCAAACACCCACGUCACUCUGCAAGAAGCUCCCGUGUUCAACUCGCCCAACUAUGCCCCAUCCAGUGCCGUCUCGUCCUUCACGCCGCCCACCUCCCCCGGAGACAGAUACCAUGCGAUUUCCUCGCCGUGCCAGACAUACACCUCUCUGGACGCCCAGCUCGAGGAUGACAUGCUGCCGUUGUCACCGCCGCAACUCGCGCAUGCCAGAUACGAGCAGGCAAUGGCGCAGUACGGAUCGAAUUUCGGCUCGCAGACAUACUCGCAGGAAUCUUCGUACUCCCAGGAAUCCCUCUACAGUGAAUCUGCUCUCUCGCCUCGCGAGAUGUCUUCCCCUCGCACGGCGCCUACUCUGUCUGAAUCAUCUGUCGGCUCGGAUAUCGAUAUUUUCAUGACUCAAGAUCCCUCCGACGACUUGCGAGAGGAGUUCGGCCAUCUCGCUCACUCUGGCAUCCCUGGUUUCCCGACUUAUCAGUUCGUGGAUACAAACGACUUCGCCCCUGUUUCGUCCUAUUACCCCGGGAAGACCUUCUCUGGUCUUCCCAAUUUGGAUGAUGACCUGACGGACCCGAUUGACUGCUUGUCCAGCGAGUUCUUGGUCGACCCUUGA